GGCACCAUCUGGUACAUACAGGCUUGGGAAGCCCGCCCCUCAGGAGGUCAGACCUGCCUGUCCCGGGGCGGGGCCUCGGGAGCUCGCGGCCCAAGUGGGCGCGCCCAAGUCCUGGAGUCCAAAGGCCAAGGAGACAUGGCUGCCCCCCGCGACGCUGAGAUCCGGAAGGACGUGCAGACCUACUAUGGGCAGGUGCUGAAGAAAACAGCAGACCUCCAGACCAGUGCCUGUGUCACUGCAGCCAGGCUGGUCCCCAAGCAUAUCCGGGAAGCCUUGAGGAAUGUACAUGAAGACAUAUCCUUGAGGUAUUAUGGCUGUGGUCUGGUCAUCCCUGAGUGUCUGGAGAACUGCUGGAUUUUGGACCUGGGCAGUGGAAGUGGGAGAGAUUGCUAUGUCCUGAGUCAACUGGUUGGUGAGAGAGGACAUGUCACUGGGAUAGACAUGACGGAAAGUCAGGUAGAAGUGGCUAAGAAGUAUAUUGAAUAUCACAUGGAAAAAUACGGCUUCCAGACACCCAAUGUGACUUUUCUUCAUGGCUACAUAGAGAAUUUGGAGGAGACUGGAAUCAAGAAUGAGAGUUAUGAUAUUGUUAUAUCAAAUUGUGUCAUUAACCUUGUGCCUAAUAAGCAAUCCGUGCUGCAGGAGGCGUACCGAGUGCUAAAGCAUGGUGGGGAGCUGUAUUUCAGUGACGUCUAUGCUAACCUUGAAUUGCCAGAAGAAAUCAGGACACAUAGAAUUUUAUGGGGUGAGUGCCUGGGUGGUGCUUUGUACUGGAAGGACCUUGCCAUCCUUGCCCAAAAAAUUGGUUUCUGCACCCCGCGUUUGGUCACUGCCAAUCUCGUUACAGUUCAAAACACGGAAUUAGAAAGAGUGAUCGGUGACUGUCGUUUUGUUUCUGCAACAUUUCGCCUCUUCAAACUCCCUAAGACAGGACCAGCUGAAAGAUGCCAAGUGAUUUACAAUGGAGGAAUCACAGGCCAUGAAAAAGAACUGAUAUUUGAUGCAAAUUUCACAUUUAAGGAAGGUGAAAUUGUUGAAGUGGAUGAAGAAACAGCAGCUAUCUUGAAGAAUUCACGAUUCGCCCAGAAUUUUCUGAUCAGACCAAUUGGAGAGAAGCUGCCAGCAUGUAGUGCCUCUUGUGCUUUAGGAUCAAAGAACAGGCUGAGUGAUGGAUUUCAAGGCUGUUUUGGCUGACAGAACUUACAGCAUUCACCAAAGUCACACCAGUGAUGUGUCAAGGCACUGGAUGUUGGAAGCCCCAGGAAAUAACGAUACUGAUGUUGCUGUGCUAGGACGGUGGCAGAGUUGGUGUUUACACACUGGCCUUACACUCAGAUAGGCAAGGCUCAGAUCUGGGCUUUACCAGGCUUGUGUGAUCUUGGGUAUGUAACCUACGCUCCCUACACGCUCUGUUUCUCCAUGUGUAACAGGAAGGUAAUAAUCACUUUUUCUCCUCAGCUUGUGAGGAUCAGUGGGGAUGUUCUGUGGGAAAUGUUAGCCUGUUGCCUGGCACUUAAUACACACUCAAGAAACAGAAGUCGUUACAGUUAUGGAUUUAUGCUAAUUAAGGUUCUUGGUCACUUGGAACUGUGUUCUAGGAUUUCUCAUUCUUCCACACACCCUUUCUCCUGGGCCCAGAGAUUCUCGAAUCUUUUGCCAUGAAUUUUUUGCUUUCUUUGGCUUGUAUGUUGUAGUAAUUUUGGAUACCUUGAGAAUACAUUGACACACAGGUAACCCUUAGGCCUUUUUCUGCUUCCUCUGUUAUGUAGUAAGCAGUCUUUAAGGGUAUAGCUUAUUUAGAGAUCACUCACCAACAUGGUCAGUUUGCAGUUGGGAAACGUUUUUUUUUUUAAGAUUUUAUUUAUUUAUUUGUCAGAGAGAUAUCACAAGUAGGCAGAGAGGCAGGCAGAGAGAGAUGGAAAAGCAGGCUCCCUGCUGAGCAGAGAGCCCCAUGUGGGCUUGAUCCCAGGACCCUGAGAUCAUGACCUAAGCCCAAGGCAGAGGCUUAACCCACUGAGCCACCCAGGCACCCCUCUAGUUGGGAAAGUUUAAUGGAACACAAGAGGCAGGAAUUCUGGAGCCCCAAAACCGGAUAUGGGCUCAUUUGGCCACUCUUAGCAGCAUGAAUCAGCCACAAGCUAAGUGUAGGAGCCCUGGCUAAUGCUUAAGUGUGAUCUACAGGUUUUGCUUUAUCAAAUUCUUGAGCACUCUGCUCUUUGUUACUUUUCUGUCUUUCGAAGCAGUUGCCCUUUUGGAAAGUAGAGAAACGUGACUUUGGACCUUUCUGUCCUUGAAACCUUUCAAAUGUGAUAUUGGUAUUUUGAAUCUCUUGGGAGUUCACCAGUAACAAAAUCUUGCUGGUGAGAAUCAACGUGUAUUUUGAAAUGUUUUCAUCAUUCUCGUUCUCUUGGAACCCAGCUUCCCGAAUCCUAGUUAGAAAAGCUGUCGGCAGGUUACAGUUACAAGUAAAAGGAGUGUUUCCUCCAACCACAACACUUCUAGUGUACUCUGGCCGUAAAAAAAUUUUCGUUAAGUGGGCUGGCUUCCGCAGAGACCCCUUUCUUCCAGCCUGCCUCUCCUUGACCUCCCUUUUAGUGCGCACGCGGGGUGUACAGGAGGGCUCUCGACCUCGGAUACCAGUCAUAACUUGCCACGUACUUGAACUGGUUUAUCCCACCUGCUCCUUCUCUCAUCUGCCUUGUUUCUUUCAGCCUGCGGAUGUGCCAAUGUCUUUAGAUCAGUUCCAAGGUUUUGAAAUGGCAAUCACUGACAGGGAAGGAAGAUUUAAAGAAUGAAACAGCUGCGUGUCCUAGAAAUAUAACCUUGUGUGCUCGGAGGAGGACGUGCCUAUCUUUUUUAUGGCAGACCUUUCCGAUAAAGACCGAGAGCCCAGUACAGGCAGGCACACGUGGUGGGGGUUGCUGGUGCCGGCGACUUCCUGACAGCUGCCGCCAAUGCGGAAUGCUGCUGCUUGCCGAGCAUUGGCGCAGUGAUAACCAUUUCUGAGAUCCCUUCUCUUUCUUUUGUCCUCUUCCUCCUCUUCUCUUUUCUCCUGCCCUUCCCACUCCUCCUCCCUCCCUCUCUGUUCCUCUUUCCCUCUUCCUCCUUCUCUUUUAAUCCCGACGAGGAAAGUGUAUGUUGCUAUUCAAAGAAUUACAUUAGGGGCCCUUGGGUGGCUCAGUUGGUGGAGCAUCCGACUCUUCAUCUCAGCUCAGGGAUUGACCUCAGGAUCGUGAGUUCAGGCCCCACAUUGGACUCCACACGGGGCAUGUGGCCUCACAAAAAAAUUACAUUAAUAAAACACUGCAGCAUCGGAAAUGAUGCAAGUAGGAUUGUGGUACACACUAUCCUGCUACAGUUAAUAGCAGUGGUAGUAACAAUGUGAGCAAAGGUAGGAAUAAUACAGAGAAGCUAGUCUUUACUGAACAGGUGAGAUAUCCAAGGCCCUGUGCCACAUGGUCCUCACAAUAACCCUUAUUAUCCUCAUUUUAAAAAAUUAACUAAUUCAUUUUUAAAAAUUAUCCUCAUUUUACAGAAGAAGAACUUAAGACUCAGAUUAAUGUACUAGUCCAAGGUCACAGAGCUAGAAAGUGGUGAAUUUGAACCCAUGUCAGAUUCUGAAGCUGACAUUCUUACCCUAUAUGCUGUACUAGCUCUCCAUAUCUAGACUUUUCAUAGAAUCACGGGAUGUUGGUGGUGGAAAGGACUAUUUAUCAAAGUGUCUCAUCUUUUAUUUCCUUUAAGUCUUGGGAUCUUUUAGGGAUGGAAGCAUGCAUUACGAAGUGAUACUGAUAUCAUUAUCUCUUAUUAGUAGAGAAGUCAUGGGGUGGGAAGAAGAGGAGUAGAAAAUCAUUUUCCUGGGUGAAAAGGCUAACUUUUAUGACUAGGAAUUCCAAAGUAACAAGAGAAGGAAAUAAACAGUGGACCAGAGGGCCUGGCAGAAGCGACUGGCACAGCCAGCCCUCUUCUGGGCUUGGAGAUCCCCUGCUGGAUGCUAGCUUAUUACCUGUUAGGGAGCCCAGAUCCAGGCAGGCAUCUUCAUUCUAGAAGAGUGGAAACUGAGGGCCAGAGGGACCAGGCUCCCCAUAGGUAAUUUCAGUGAAGGUAGUGGUCCGUAGGACUGUCGGUCCUUCAUGAAUGUAGGGUCCGUAACUGUCUUGUCCUACCUUCUAUUUGCAGUGACCAGUGAUCAAUAGUGAGAGUGUGCAUUUAUGUUUAAUGAAUUAAUUAUCAUUAUUUGAAGUGGCUUAUUCAUGCUCUUGAUUUCUUGCCUUUGUGCCUGGUUUUCCUCUGGCCGCGCUGGUGCUGUUGUUGGAGGUAUCUCAUUUGGAGGUGAAAGGAGGAAAAAUAAAGACUACCAUCUUGUCUUCUGAAAAUUCCGCUUACUCUGCCCUGAGAUCUUGCCAGCUGGUGUUGGCAAUCUCAACAUCUGAACAUCAGCAGUUGCUAACAAUGGCCUUGGUGUCUAGGACUUGCCUUCUUGUCUUGCGCACAUGUUUCUGGAGAUUAGAGUAAGGGAAGGAAUGAAGUUUCAGCAUUUUGGUAUUCAGUUCCAGAAGGGUAAAAAGCAUUACAGAUGGGACUCCCAUAAAGCAAAAUGAAACAAAAUCAACUUUCCUGGUCCCCUAAGGACCACCUUUAAGAGGCUUUAAAUAAAGUUUACCUUGAAAGUAGUAAAAACUUGGGACACCUAGGUGGCUCAGUCAGUUAAGUGCCUGUCUUCGGCUCAGAUCAUAAUCCCAGGGUCCUGGGACUGAGUCUCACAUUGGGCUCCCUGCUCAGCGGGGAGCCUGCUUCUGCCUCUGCCCGCUGCUCUACCUACUUGUGUGCUCGCUCACUCUCUCUCUG